GGGAGAGAGGGUGUGUGAGUGUGAGAGAGAGAGAGAGAGAGAGAGCUCGCGCGAGUGUGUGUGAGCGUGAGUGUGUGUGUGUGUGUGUGUGUGUGUGCGUGCGUGCGUGCGUGUCAACCAAGCAAAGCUACGCAUACAGAAAACCACUGGACUACGGCUGGAGCCGCAGGACUUAACAUUGUCCACUUUGCAAUACAAAUAUUUAAACAGUUAAUAAAGAAUGCUGACCUGCCAGGAUAUUUUAGACUUAAGGGAGACCCUACAACAGAAGACGACAUAAGAGGAUGGCAUGACCAGAUCACUCUAUGGCCCAAUGGUACAGAAGCCAUCAUCAGCUCAAACCUAUCAGUUUCUCACAAGAUCCUGAAUACGACUAUGGAUCGGCCAGCAGAGGAACGACACAAGAUAAAUAACGACGCAGAAGAGAUAUCAGAGAACACAACCGUAAGGUUCUGCUUAAACAGCAGCGCAUCAGGUAACAGUACUACAGAGUCCAGUUCUGCCUUUCUGGCCACACUGACAUCUCUGAGUGAACACAACGAUCACAUGCUCUUACCUCACAGGUUACAUCAGAUAGCAGAAGCUUAUUUUCUUGAAGAGGACUUUCAGCAGGCUGUACACUUCCUGCAGUUGGAGAGGCUUUAUCAUGAGAGAUUGCUUUCCAACUUGGCCUCCAUGCAGAAAGACUGGGAAUCCGAGUGGAAGGCUGUCACUCAUGGAAAAAAAUACCCUGUGAAGAUCCACUGUACUGAGAUAGAGACAAAGUGUAUGGACUCUCUGAAUCACAUCUGCAGAACACACCAAAGACCUAAUCACGGUGUCGUGGAAAAGGUAACCAAGGAAACCAUUACAGUUCAGCAGAGGAAUACAAGAAGCCAUUCUACAAUGAAUGAGUGGAUAGAGCAGUGGAUUGACCCAGAAGAGGAAACUGAGGAUGAGGAUAGAAUAGAGGAUCAGGAGGCUGAAGGUUUGACAGAGGCGGCUAGAAGACGGAAGUUAUCCGGGGAAGAACUGAGCGAGCUCAUCGAAGUCGAGGAGACCUUCCCUUCCAACGGUCUCAUCUCUAUCUUAAAGAAGAGAGAGGAAUCCAGUCCCGUCGGUCCGUAUCCACACAGAAACCCCUCCAAAUUCAAAGUGCGCUUCAGUGAAUCAGAUGACUCAAUGGACAACGAUGAUGCGGGUGAAGACUCCUGUUUGUUCUUCCUCGUCCUGUGUGUGGGAACGGUGGUCAUCAGCAUGGGUGGUACCAUGCUCUACUGCUUCCUGGGAAGGGCUUAUUCAAACAUUUGUUCUGAUUUCUCCCACAACAUGGACUUUUACUUCGGGUUUAUACGCCGAGCGGUGAACUCUCUGACACACUGGUUUAUUCCUGCCUCAUCAUAGCACUGCUCCACUGGCAACACGCUCCCGUUGUUCCUUCAUCUGAUCUGUUUGCCUUGUCAUGCAGCAGAAACCAAGAAUAGCUCUUUAUCUGGUGAGGACAACAGGACAGCUGCAUUCGUGCAUAAAAACAGAUCGUAUAGAAUUCCCAUUAUAUUAUCUACUGUGUCUGAUUAACUAAUAAUUCUGUUUAUUUUAUUGUAAUUUUUUGUUCUUUUAUUUUUGUUAGUGCACAACUUGACAACAUUCUCACCACAGAAUUAGCAUAAUUAGAAUAAGACCUUUUUUUUUUUAACUCUUCAAACAACUAAUACAAAAGCAAUAAAAUAAUAUUAACGGGUUCGGGCGCCAUAAUACAUCUAAAAAACUCAUUAAAACAGCUCGACACCGCUUUAACUUGGCACGAAGUUCUGGAAAAACUGUCCAACAUCAAAAUAAGGUUUGUAAUGAUGCUCCCGAAGGCACGGGUUGAAGACCCAGUCAGUGACGUCACGAUAUGCUAAUUUGCUAUUGCUAAUAAAAGUCAUACCCACGUAAUCACCAUCACCAAAAUUCUACUUUUUUUUUUUUUACAUUGAAACUUGAAAAAAAAAAAAAUAUAUAUAUAUAUAUAGACUUACCUACCGACCCUUUAUAUAUAUAUAUAUAUAUAUAUAUAUAUAUAUAUAUAUAUAUAUUUUACUGUUAUUGCAAACCAAAAUAUUUUUAAGGAUCUGGAAAUUUCUCUGUAUCAUCGAUUUUAUUGUUACAACCGAACGGAUCUUUUUUUUUUUUUAAGGUUGAUUGGUCAGACUAAAGAAUCAGCAACACGGGUCCAGAUAAAAAAAACAGGGCAUUUUGUGCUCUGACACAUUAAUCUUAAGAGAAUCUGUUGAUAAUUUGUACAUAAUUAUGGCCGGACUUUUUCUUUCUUUUAUGAAAAGCAAUGAAACACAUCUUCGCUUUUCAAUCUGAACUUUAUUGCUAAUUAUGUUCACUGUCUGCAAAUUUGACCUCAAUAUGACCUCAUUCACACAGACAUGGAUAAGUGGACUGUAUAAUGGAUAUCAGUCUUCAUGCCAAAUACAUACAAAAUGAACAGAAAUACAGACGGACUGGACAUUUUUGACACCCAUAAGUGUAUAAGAUGAUUCCCUGCACUCCUCACAGAUAUGCAAACUACUCCAUGCUGCUCAGAACAAAACCGUAUAUUUUAAUAUUAAACCAUAUAAAGAUGCAUCACACAGCAUGGAAACCCAAAGACAAUGUCAUGUAAACUUUAGGUUAAUCAUCAUUUAUAGAGUGUUUGCAUCAUUUUAUAUAAACUUUAUUACAAAUAAAUAAAGACUCACCUCAAAGUGC